UGCUAAUGUGACAUAAUACAUCUGUCAAUACAAGUUCUUUUUCUUCCUUUCUCUCUCUUUCGUCCUUUUUUUAUACAUAUAUAUUUACAUUUAUAGAUGAAGUUUGCCAAAUACCUUGAAUCCGAGAGUAUUCCAGAAUGGAGAAAAGCCUACAUCAAUUACAAAGGGCUUAAAAAACGAUUAAAGGCGAUUGAGAAAUAUCGCAGACUGAAUCAAAUCCAAGAAAGUCAACGUAUUAGCACGCUCAAUACAAACGAAACUCGUUAUGUUCCUACUCGAAGUCAGUCCGUCAGUCUUGACAAUCGAUCCCGAUCGCAUGCGGGAUUGAUGAAGAGAUUCAAUUUUCGAAAACCUGAUACAGAACUUGGAAACCUCACCAGCCCUUCCAUACAAGAUCAUGAAUUAGAGGCUAUCUCUGUGCUAGAGGAAGCAUUGACACACGCAAGUGAGCCUGAACAGUACUUCUUUGUCAUGUUGGAUCAGGAUUUGGAAACUAUUUCCUUAUUUUAUGAUGAAAAAGAAAAGCAGGCUGAGGGCAAAUUUAAAGCACUCAAGAUGCAAGUGCAACUGGUUCGAGAUUUUGCUGAACAACUCUCACAUUACGGGAGCGCACAUGACAUAAUAUCGGGUGAUGGACGUUUGAACCCCAUGAAUUGGUUUAAAAGAAGAGGAUCGAAUGAUUCAGACGCUACCACCACAGAUAUCCCAGACUUACCCUCGUCCAUCAAAUACAAUGGUGACCAUCACAUAAGUUACAAUGUUGCCAGAAGUAGAUUGAAAAAAGCCAUUACCGAAUUUUAUCGUAGUCUGGAAUUAUUAAAGUCGUACAAGGUAAAUCAUUUCCCUAAACAGCAACUGUUUUAUUUACGAGUCCCUUGAAGGUUUUGAAUCUGAGUGGAUUCCAGAAAAUUUUGAAAAAGUUUGACAAGACAGCCGGUUGGAAAGCAAGUGCACUUUACACCAAAAAAAUCAACAA